AUGGAUUCUCCAUCUAGCGUUUCUUCCUAUUCCUCCUCCUCUCCCCCUUCCUCUUUUUCCACCUCCCCAGUGAACAGUGACUUUGGCUUCCCCUCGGAUAGUGAGGGGGAGGAGAAGGGGGCCCAAGGCCCCAGACCAGACACUGUUGGGCAGAGGGGAGGUUCUGGGCCCAGCCCCGGUCCUAUCCGCUGCAGGCGACGACCCAAGGUUUCCAGGAACCAACAUACAGCAUCUCACUCGGAACAGCGGGACUUGGCUUCUCCUAUGGCAGGGUCUGGGGUCAAAAGAUCAAGAAGAGAUCGUGAUUUGAAGACCAGUCUAAACAUCCGUGGUACAACCACAGAAGGAGACCUGCUCUUUGCUCAGAAGUGUAAAGAGCUCCAGGGAUUCAUACGUCCUCUCACAGACCUACUGAAUGGGCUGAAGAUGGGUCGCUUUGAAAGAGGAUUGAGCAGUUUCCAGCAGAGUGUGGCAAUGGACAGGAUCCAGCGUAUCAUAGGUGUUUUGCAGAAGCCACAGAUGGGGGAGCGGUAUCUGAGAACUCUGCUACAGGUUGAAGGCAUGUUAAAGACUUGGUUUCCUCACAUAGCUGCCCAGAAGUCAUCAUUGCGUAGUAACAGGCACCAGCUGACCAAGCAUUUUCUAAGCCACCACGGUUACCCAGCUGCUUCCUCUCCUGCACCUUCCUUGGAAAAGAUGGAACAGACACAGCUAGGACAUUUAGCAUUAAAACCAAAGCAGCCUUGGCACCUCGCUCAGUGGCCAGCUAUGAACCUCACUUGGAUUCACACCACUCCAAUUUGCAACCCCCCUCUCAGUGCUCCAAGUACUGUCUCCUUUAGCCACGGUCCUUUAGGCACUGGAACCAGCAUCGGUGUUAUCUUUUUCCUUCAGCACGGAGAGCAGCCUUUUACCCACUCUGCCCCAACCAGUCCAGCUCCACCUGCUACCGCAUCUCCUGCAAUCCCCGGCUAUCCUAAGAAACUAUCUGGAGAGAGACCUCGUUGCCAAAGUUUGCCAGUGACUCUGCAGUCAGACUGGAGCUGUCCCCUAUCCCCUCGUGAUCUUCCCACCAUGGCCAGAGAAAAGACUGUGGGACACCUAGAACAGACGAUAAGCCACCCUCCAGUUGUUCCUGAUGUUCAUCCUCUCAACCCCUAA